UCUCUCGGAUGCUGCGACCGAGCUCCUGUGCGGGCGGCUCUGUCAGUGGCUGAACCCCUCCUCCUCCUCCGAAGAUGUCGCAUGAGCUUCUCCUCUCAGCGCGGCGUCUCUUUUCGUUUUUCCUUUUCUUUUUCUCGCAGUGCCCUUAACAGUUAACCUGAUUCUGCCAUAUUAGCAGCUAGCCCAUCGUCUGGCGCGCGGACUGCCCCCCCCCCCCCUGCAACGGAGGUGUUUAAAACCCCAACCCGGCGCAUCCUCUCCCUGUCUGUCUCCCUGUCUCCCUGUCUCCCUGUCUCUCUGUCUCCCUGUCUCCCCGCCAGCCGACCGUCGGGUGCCGGAGCGGAGCAUCCAUCGGCGCCGUCGUCGUCUCUCAUCCCUGCGCGUCUGCGACCGCCUUCUGCGACCCCCUCCCGCCCCCCCGCCCGACCCACAGCCGCUCUCCUCCGGCUCGGGACGUUCUCCGCUCCACGCGCACGCAGAUUAAAGGGGAUUCUGCCUCCCCGCUCGCGCGCGGAUGUCCUUGAGCUCGGCCUGCACGGCCCUGGCGGUGCAGCAAUAGCUACCUCUGAACUGGAUCCACUUACCGUUUAUCGGCCGCCUUUCCCUUGCUUGCCCCUCUCUCCAUCUGCCCAUCGCCCCUGUGCCGCCUUCUGUAAGUCUGUCGGCCCGUCCGUCCAUCUGUCCAUGGACUGGCCGUGACCCUGGAGGGAGGGGGUCAGAAACGAGGAGAGAACAGAGUCGCAGAGGAGUCGCAGGACAAGAAAGCUGGAUUCAUUCAGACCUUCUGGAGUGCCCCUGCUUGCUGUCCUUGAUGCCCCUCACCCUCCUUCUCCUCCUCCGGUUAUGGAGAAGUAAAGGAGCAGUGGGAGGCUAGGCCCAGAUCAAGAGAAGAACUAGACUCAACCAAUUCCCCUUCAUCGCCCUUCAAUGAAAUUAAAAAAGGGUUUAGGUGUUGCUAUGAUUUUUAAAUAAGAGAUCAAGACUGAGUCAAGAUUUUCGGUGUUAAACACAUGAACAACCGUCCAGCACCUAAACGGCCGGGCAACUGAGUUCAGGAGAGACUCCAGAGGAGGAACAUAAGAGAAGAAGUACGACUUACUGACAUGUCAACAACUGCCACUAUGGGUGAAUUGGCAAACAGCGCGGUGGAGUUUUACCCCAAAGGGACGCGAGCUGUGGGCGGAGGAGGAAGGGCUGACGGCGCCAACGCAGGGGGAGAAUUUGGGGUCACGGUGACGGAGCUCACGGAGCUAAUGGAGCUCCGAGGGACCGAUGCCCUGCAGAAGAUCCAGGAGAGCUACGGGGACACAGAGGGGCUCUGCCAGAGACUACAGUCCAGCACCACUGAUGGCGUCAGCGGGGAUCCAGCAGACAUGGAGCGUCGCUACCAAACGUUCGGCCAAAACUUCAUCCCGCCGAAGAAGGCCAAGACCUUCUUGGAGCUGGUGUGGGAGGCCUUACAGGACGUCACACUCAUCAUCCUGGAGGCGGCAGCCAUCAUCUCCCUGGGCCUCUCGUUCUACCAGCCUCCAGGGAAGGAAAGCGAAGCUUGUGGCGACGUGUCGGGGGCCGCAGAGGACGAAGGCGAGGGCGACACCGGGUGGAUCGAGGGCGCGGCCAUCCUACUGUCCGUCGUGUGCGUCGUCCUGGUGACGGCGUUUAACGACUGGUCCAAAGAGAAGCAGUUCCGGGGCCUGCAGAGUCGGAUCGAACAAGAACAGAAGUUCACUGUGGUGCGCAAAGGAAAUGUCAUCCAGAUCCCUGUGGCGGACAUGGUGGUGGGGGACAUGGCGCAGGUCAAAUACGGGGACCUGCUGCCCGCUGACGGCGUCUUGGUCCAAGGCAACGAUCUGAAGAUAGAUGAGAGCUCUCUGACAGGAGAGUCUGACCACGUAGCCAAGAGUGUGGACAAGGACCCCAUGCUGCUCUCAGGGACCCAUGUGAUGGAGGGCUCGGGCCGGAUGCUGGUCACUGCUGUGGGUGUCAACUCGCAGACGGGCAUCAUCUUCACCCUGCUGGGUGCUGGAGAAAUAGAGGAAGAAGGCAAGGACAAGAAAGGAAAACAACCUGACGGAGCCGUGGAGAACAAUCAGAACAAAGCCAAGAAGCAGGAUGGGGGUGUUGCCAUGGAGAUGCAACCCCUGAAAAGUGCAGAGGGAGGGGAGGUAGAGGACCGAGAGAAGAAGAAGACCAGCGUGCCAAAGAAAGAGAAGAGUGUGUUGCAGGGAAAGCUCACCAAACUAGCGGUUCAGAUUGGCAAAGCGGGUUUGGUGAUGUCAGCCAUCACCGUCAUCAUUCUGGUGCUGUUCUUCGUCAUAAACACGUUUGUCGUUGAAGGUCACACGUGGCUCGCCGAGUGCACUCCGGUCUACGUGCAGUAUUUUGUCAAGUUCUUCAUCAUCGGCGUCACUGUGCUGGUCGUGGCCGUCCCAGAAGGGUUACCUCUGGCCGUCACCAUCUCUCUGGCUUACUCCGUCAAGAAAAUGAUGAAGGACAACAACCUGGUGCGCCACCUGGAUGCCUGCGAGACCAUGGGCAACGCCACGGCCAUCUGCUCCGACAAGACCGGCACGCUGACCACCAACCGCAUGACGGUGGUGCAGACCCACAUCGGUGAUGUGCAUCACCGCAUGGUCCCGGACCCUGGACAGAUAAACCCGCGGACACUGGAUCUAUUAGUCAAUGCUAUCGCUAUCAACAGCGCCUACACCUCCAAGAUCCUACCGCCCGAUGUAGAGGGGGGUCUGGCCAAGCAGGUGGGCAACAAGACAGAGUGUGGCCUGCUGGGGUUUGUUCUAGACCUGCAGCGGGACUACGCCCCCGUCAGGGAGCAGGUCCCUGAGGAGAGACUGUACAAGGUAGGGGACCACCUGGAAAACAGGUAUACCUCCUGCACACACAUACACCCUAUACACCCUGCAGGAAGAGAUCAACAAAAUGCAAUACAACAAUUAAACACAAGAUACUCUAUGAAUCGAUAUCUCUGCUCUCUCUCCAGGUGUUCCUUCAUCCUAGAUGCCAAUGGAGAAGCACGAACAUUUCGUCCACGUGACAGAGAUGAGAUGGUCAAACAGGUGAUUGAGCCAAUGGCAUGUGAGGGCUUGAGGACCAUCUGCAUCGCCUACCGGGACCUGCCGUGUAACCCGGAGCCGGAUUGGGAAAACGAAGCAGACAUAUUGUCUGAAUUGACCUGCCUGUCCGUGGUGGGGAUAGAAGACCCCGUGCGGCCUGAGGUGCCCGAUGCCAUCCGUAAGUGUCAGCGUGCGGGCAUCACGGUACGGAUGGUGACUGGUGACAACAUUAACACAGCGAGGGCCAUUGCUGUUAAAUGUGGCAUCAUCCACCCUGGCGAUGACUUUAUCUGUCUGGAGGGAAAAGAUUUCAACCGGCGAAUCAGGAAUGAGAAAGGAGAGAUUGAACAGGAACGGAUUGACAAAAUAUGGCCCAAACUCCGCGUGUUGGCUCGAUCCUCGCCAACCGACAAACACACCCUGGUCAAAGGAAUCAUCGACAGCACCGUCCUGGAACAAAGGCAGGUCGUGGCAGUGACAGGAGAUGGAACCAAUGACGGUCCAGCGUUGAAGAAGGCUGAUGUGGGCUUUGCCAUGGGUAUUGCGGGAACAGAUGUGGCUAAAGAAGCGUCCGACAUCAUCCUGACUGAUGACAACUUCAGCAGCAUUGUCAAGGCGGUGAUGUGGGGACGGAAUGUCUACGAUAGCAUCUCCAAGUUCCUGCAGUUCCAGCUCACGGUCAACGUAGUGGCUGUCAUAGUGGCCUUCACCGGCGCCUGCAUCACUCAGGACUCUCCUCUGAAGGCAGUGCAGAUGCUGUGGGUGAAUCUCAUCAUGGACACGUUUGCCUCUCUGGCUCUGGCCACCGAGCCCCCCACUGAGGACCUGCUGCUAAGGAAACCUUAUGGUCGGAACAACCCGCUCAUCUCACUGACCAUGAUGAAGAACAUCCUGGGCCAUGGAGUGUACCAGCUGAUCAUCAUCUUCACCCUGCUGUUCAUAGGCGAGCGCAUGUUCAACAUCGACAGUGGUCGCCACGCGCCGCUGCACUCCCCUCCCUCCGAGCACUACACCAUCAUCUUCAACACCUUCGUCCUUAUGCAACUUUUCAACGAGAUCAACGCGCGCAAGAUCCACGGAGAGAGGAACGUCUUUGACGGCAUAUUUGCCAACCCGAUCUUCUGCAGUAUAGUUGUGGGGACUUUUAUUAUGCAGAUCGUGAUCGUGCAGUGGGGAGGGAAGCCCUUCAGUUGUGCCCCUCUCAACAUGGAGCAGUGGCUCUGGUGUCUGUUCGUGGGAGUUGGGGAGCUCCUCUGGGGGCAGGUAAUCGCCACGGUGCCCACAGAGCGGCUGCCGUGCCUGAAGGAGGCGGGGCUUGGCCUGGAGCCCGGGGAGGACGAAGGCGAGGAGAUGGCCGAGGAUGAGGAGGAGAUCGACUGUGCUGAGCGAGAGCUGCGCCGUGGUCAGAUCCUCUGGUUCAGAGGACUCAACCGCAUCCAGACCCAGAUGGAGGUAGUGAGCACGUUCAAGCGAAGCGGUUCGUUUCAGGGAGCGGUGAGGCGGCGCUCCUCCGUGCUCAGUCAGCUCCACGACGUAAACACUAUCUCUACCCCCUCUCACGUAGCUCUGUCCACGGCUACAGCCAAUGCCAGCCCGGCCCCUGGGAAUGCGGGUGGUGAAAGCGUUCCGUAGUUCGCUGUAUGAGGGCCGGGAGAAACCGGAGUCCCGCAACUCCAUCCACAACUUCAUGGCCCACCCGGAGUUCCUCAUCAACGACCUCAUCCACAACAUCCCGCUGAUCGACGACACCGACGUGGACGACGAAU